AUGCAGCCCCGUUGUUUAGAAGAAGCCUCUCAAGUAUGCCUUAGUGGCUGCUGUCCAAGCCCCAUCCUUGGCUUUUCUGAGCCUCUAAACAAAAACAGCAAGCCUAGAAGCACAACGGCAACAUGUCGCCAGAACUUUGCUACGACGACUACUUCCUCUAUCUUCCCAAAUAUCCAUUUCACAAAUCCUGAGUCUCUCCCUUCUUUGCAAGAAUCAUUCAAUGGACUCAUCAAAGUGUAUCCACAAUAUUUAGAUACCUACCAAGUUGACCAAAUAAGAGCCCAAGAAUACAAUCAUCUCGCACUCUCCAACCACGCCUGCCUUGAUUACAUUGGCAUAGGCCUGUUCUCCUAUGCUCAGCUACAAAAACAUGACUCGGAAAAACAAAUUCUCCCUUCUACUGCUUCUCCUCAAAAUAUGCAUAUUCCCUUCUUCAGUGUGUCCUACAAGACAGGGAAUUUAAAGACGCAGCUACUUCAUGGAGGCCAAGAAUCAGCCCUAGAAUCUGCAAUGAAGAAAAGAAUCAUGAGUUUUCUUAAUAUAUCUGAAAAUGAUUACUCUAUGGUCUUCACUGCAAACAGAACAUCAGCUUUCAAACUUCUAGCAGAGUCUUACCCUUUCAAGACUAACCGAAAGCUUCUGACUGUUUAUGACUAUGAGAGUGAGGCAGUGGAAGCCAUGAUUAAUAGCUCUGAGAAGAAAGGAGCCCAGGUUGAGUCAGCAGAGUUCUCAUGGCCCAGGCUAAGGAUUCAGUCAGCAAAAUUGAGGAAAAUGGUUGAGAGGAAAGGCAAAAAGAAGAAGAAGACAGGACUAUUUGUCUUCCCGCUUCAUUCUAGAAUGACUGGAGCCAGAUAUCCUUAUUUAUGGAUGAGCAUAGCAAAGGAGAAUGGCUGGCACAUCUUGAUUGAUGCUUGUGCGUUGGGACCAAAAGACAUGGACAGCUUCGGCCUAUCUCUUAUUCGCCCAGACUUCCUCAUUUGUUCCUUCUACAAGAUUUUUGGGGAAAACCCAUCUGGAUUUGGAUGUCUCUUUAUCAAGAAAUCUACUGUUCCCCCCUAG